AUGAACUUGCAGUCUCGCAUACAUCUCACCAGCAGUAGAAAUCACACAAGCCAGAUGAAGCUCUCACUCGCCGCUCUGUUUGCAGGUCUUGUGGCAGUAGCAACACCAGCCAAGAUCAUCAAGAAACAAACCUGGUUCACGGCCCAACGACCAUAUCCAUAUGGCAUCCCAGAUUACGAUACGCCUGCCUACGGUGGCUCGCCAACUCCUUCCGGCACGACAGCCUCGCCACCCUACCCAACUGCGAGCUCUUCUGCCUCUUCCGAAGGCUCGCCAGUCGGUGUGACCAACAGCUCUUCCGUUUAUGGCUCUACUGGCUUCACUCCGUUGUUCUCUAGCACCCCUAGGAUUGGCACAUGGACCACAUCAAUUUCGACCACGAAUAUCUCGCUCACCUGGCCUGUUACCCGCUCUGAGAGCACUCGCCCCGCCUGGCCUUUCACCACCACGGGCUCGACAGAAGGCAGUCCAGUCUCAGCUGGAUCAAGCAGCAGAGCUUGGCAUGGCAACUCGACCAUCACCAGCCUUUUAGCUCCCACUGGCCUGACCUCGACGCUGCUGACGACCAUCACCAGAAACACAACUGUGUAUCUCAGCUUCACCUCUUCCACUGGCUCUACCGCCUUUUCUAUCACGAGUCUUCCAGGGACAGGGACGGCCUAUCCCUCGCUCACUACACCUGUCUCAAGCAGCAGCGUACCAUACUAUAGUAACGACACUACCACCACCACCACAUCAGAGUCCACGCUCACUGUAACUGUGACCACGACUCUUUAUACCACCGCAAGUAACAGCACCACCACCACUCUUGACUCACCCAUCAUCGCCACCUCGAACUCAUCUUCCAUUCUCACUCCAACUGCUUACUACUCACUACCCUACACCACACUUCCUUGGACUGGACACAGCAGUAGUAGCAGCAGCAGCAGGAAAAACUCGCCAAUCAUCGCUAGCUCUACCACCACCACCAAUUCAUCCCAUCCAUCCAUCGGCUUCAGUAGUGGUUCACGCACUGGCACGUACGGCUUCACAACUUCAACCAUCUCGCAUUACUUUCCUCAUACGUAUGCCACUGCCGGACAAGGCAGUAGUAGUACUAAUAUAGAAGAAGAUUCUCCAGUAUCAGCUACGUCGAGAGCUUCGUCUGGUUUUGGCACUUCUGCCACGCCGACUGCGUAUGGAACGGGGACGGGGACGGAAAGUGGUGAUGGUGUGUUACCCUAUGGUCCUUCUAGCUCGACGGAGUAUGCUGGUCCGAGUGCUUAUGGAGCGUAUGGUGUUGAUGGUGAUGAAGGUGAUGUUUAG